AUGUCGAGUAUCCUGUCUGACAAGGCGCAGCUUCAGCUCGUGGAAGGCCCGCACCGACCUCGACACACUAUCGCCUCAACACUCCACAUCGUCCUCUCAACAACCGCUGUGCUGCUGCGCAUACCAUUCCAUCUCCUCUACCAUUACGUCUUCAUCCGCCACCGCUCGCCGCUCGUCCAGGACCUCGGCCGCUCGCCCUUCGUGGAAGCCGGGCACAUCCUCGUUCGCCAUCUCUUCCUCCAUUGCUACCUCCCGCCGAGCAGGCCCGUCUUCCGCCUUGGCUUCCCGAGCAAGUGGGUCAAGGAGGUCGACUUUGCGGGAGUUCGGGCAAGCUGGAUCGCACCGCCUGCUCGGCCGGACAGAACGGAGGAUGAGGUCGUCCUCUUCUGGUUGAAUGGCGGCGGCUUCGUCCACGAUGUCGGUGGCAUGUCGCGCCUCGCGUACAUCAAGCUCGCGAAGAUGCUAAACAAGCGCGACGUCAAGUUCUCCAUCUUCCACCUGCACUACCGACUCGCGCCGGAGUACAUCUAUCCCUCCCAGCUCAUCGAAACCCUCGCAGCCUACAAGUACCUCGUCAACGUCGUCGGCAUACCCGAAAGCAAGAUCUGCAUUGGCGGCGACUCGGCAGGCGCGAACCUGGUUACGGCGUUCCUCCUCCACCUGGCGAGGCCAGAUCCGCGAAUCCAGGUGGACGCCUUCGGACCAACUCCUGCCAGGCCAGCGUCCGCCCUGCUCAUCUCCCCUUUCAUCGAGCUCGUCUCGACCGCUCCGUCUCGCUCGCCCGCCCUUCAUACCGACAUCAUCGACGACGGCGGCGUCUUCCACGGCGCGCUCUCGUACGUCGGCGCGACUCACGCUCUCCCGGCCGACCUCGAAGGUUGGAAGCACGCGCCGAGCUGGAACCCGCUCGACUGGUUCGCUGGUCGUCCCUCUUGCGACUCGCCUCCUCCUGCUUUCGUCGAGGCGGUACUUGCGGUCGACAAGCCUGAGAAAGAGCGUGAAGGAGCCGAGCUGUUUGGCUCGCCGUACGUCAACCCGAAUCCGCGAGUCGUCAAUGACUUGAGCUGGUACAAGGAGGCUUUGCCGGGCAACGGUCGGACGCUAGUCUCGUGGGGCGGUCAGGAGAUCUUUGCGGACGACAUUGUGGCCUUCGUCGAAGCGCUCAGACAGGCUGGCGUCAACCCUUCGGAGCUGGUCAAGCCGCUCGCCUCGCACGACUGGGCGCUAUUCGACGCCAUCGUGCCGUUCGCCUCGCGCGAUAAGAACGGGGGAGAACAGGCUCGCCCUGACUGGGGACUUGGGAAGAUUGCGGACUUUUUGGCUGCACAGGUCAAGGCCGAAUGA